CAUGCGCAUCCGCCUUGAGUGAGCAGUAAAGAUGGCGUUGCAAUGUCGGAAUUACGUCACAUCGGCAAUUUCAUCUGGUAUUAUAGUGGGAAAAAAGGGUCUAGUUCCCUUGCACAAACGCCUAUCCACCAAAUGGAAAUGGAGUCGAGUCACGACAACUCAACUUUAUCAUUUCUAAUCCACUAAAAAUAAAUGCUGAAUGAUGCGAUCGAUUAUUCUCACAAUGUUAAUAUGAAAGAUCAAUUAUCAAAUUAUUGAUAAAAAUGAAAAUUUAUCAUUAAAAUAACGACAGAUAAACGGGAUAAAUACGGAAUUUAAAAGAGAGAAUAUCUGCGUGGAUAAUUUAAUUCGAAUACAAGGACCAAGAGGCCAGCGAUAUAUUUGCGGAAUUUGUUUCUCAAAAAUUUUUUUCCUCUUUCACCAAUAACUCAACAAUAAGACAGUCCAAAUUAUCAUUUGGCUGGACAACGAGUCAGAUGCGAGUUAUCAUCACGUGCAUCGUGAGAUCAUUCGACUGUUCCACCAGGUGACAUGCCUAGCAGUCGCGACCUGGACCGUGUGGAUCGUAAUGGCCGUUACAAAUCCCGUCGUCGUGAAAGCGGGACAGGUGAUAUAUUGAAUCGUCUAUCUCAACCCGACAAGAAGCACCGUAAGCAUGGUAAAUCAAAAAAUUCAAAGAAAAAGAAAAAGCGAAGUCGCGAUCGCCUGGACUCAAUACCAUCAGUAGCAUCAUCAGUGGUAAAACCCCUCGUCGAGUACUCAGACGUAUCCAGCGAGGACUUAUCAGGCCCCGAAGCCGGUGAGAUACAAUCAGAAGAGUCACGUGGUGCUAGUUACACCGAGGGUGACCAACUGGAGUCCCUCCUCCAGCCAAAAUACUAUGCAUCACCACCUCGUCCACUGGGAGCAUCACCAAUCAGUCUGUCGCCAUCACCACCUAUGCAUCGACACACGAGUCAUUACUCCCCCCAGGAGUCAGCCCAACAGCCGAGUCCGGAGUACGAGGAGGACAAUCGUCGUUAUGUCAGGAGAAAAGAGAAGAAGCACAAGCGAGAGAAGAAGAAGAAGAGAUCAUUGAGCCCAUCAUCGAGUUCAUCGAAGAAGAAGAAACGUAAGACUAAGAGAGCAUCUAGAUCACCACCGAUUAUUCUCCAGGAUGGGCCAUCACCAGAGCCACCAAAACCUAUUGACACUUGGUCUGAGUCACCACCACUUCCCCUCAAGGACUCGACAUCACCUAUAUCGCCAGCAACACCACGUGAUAAUCGGUCACCGAGUGAUAUGGACCUGGAGUCACCACCACGUGAGGAGAGAAAUAUGACACCUCCAGGUUCGAUAAUCACGCGUAGAACGGAAUCACCGCAUACACCACUCUUGCCACCGAGAAAAAUGACACCAGAUAUGCCAAAAUCACCGGAGUUACUGAAAUCACCAUCACCCCAGGAGAGAAGGAGUUUAAGUCCCAUGGAGGUCUCCAGGAGGCGACCGCAUUCACCGAGUCCUCGUCGACGAGAGCCAUCGCCAUCUCCGAGGAGAAGGGAUUAUUCACCGAUGGGAAUGCUGAGGAUGAGGCACACACCGAGUCCAAGACGAAGGGAUUAUUCACCCUCGAUGCACAGACGACGUGAUCCUGGAUCGUCGGGAUCACCUACGAGCAAGAGGAGACGGAGGGACGACUCUGAGAGACGUCACAGACAUCACGAGAAAGAGCGUAGGGAUAGUAAGAGGAAAUCUAGGUCGACGAGGAGUCCCCCAGGGCGGGGACUGCCGAUGGCCCUGUCGAGAUCGAGAUCGAGAAGCCCGAGGAGCUGGAGGCGACCCACUAGGUCGAGAUCGAGAUCGAGGAGGAGGAGUAGAUCACCGAGAAAAUCGAGAUCACCGAAAAUUCAUAAACCCAUCAGGAAGCACAGAUCGAAGAGCCCCAGGUCGUCGAGAUCGUCGAUACCAUCACCAGGUCCUCACAGAUCACGGGCCAGAAGUCCGACGAGUAUCAAGGCCAUCAAUCUGAGGGGACAAGCGAAGAUUAAUGAGACGAGUCUCUUCGCUGAACUAGUCAAGGACCGAAAUAUGAGGGAAUUGGCGUAUAAAAAGCUCCAGGAGGCGAAGGAGAAGGCAGGUAAUCAGGACGAGGUGCAGAUAAUCGAGGGUAAUGAGGAGAGGGACUCGAAUUCAUCGGAUAUUAAAAUAAAUCUCGAUAAAUCGGCCAAUGGAAAGCUCGAGGGAAAGCCCGAGGUGAUGGUAUCUUCAGUUUCAUCAACCUCUUCGUCUGCUGGUAUUCCCCCAGCUUCGGGAAUUCCAUUUGGGCCAUCAGCGUCGGCUCCAUCAGUACCACCAGCACCUCCGGUACCUCCACCACCAGUACCACCAGCACCACCUGGUGCCAGAGCCAUUGAAGAGGCUGGACUCACACCACCUCUACCCCAGAGCCAUCAAACACCACCAGUACCAGUUAAUAAUUCACUCCUGGAGCCAACACCACCACCACUACCUCCAGCACCACCUCUACCACCGAAUAAUGGUGCAAGGGGUUAUCCUGCGAGAACACCACCACCAGAGCCAUCACCAAUACCAACAGUACCAACAGCUCAAUCAAUUCAUCAGUCACAGCCCCUCAUCAAUGCAAUCUCCAAGUUCAAUACACCGAAUAAUCUGGUGCCACUGAAAUCAGUGGAUCCACCCAAGACUCCAAUAAUAAAAUUCAAGACUAAGAGCCUCUCAAAGCUACCACUACCACCAGGUAUCAAUCAGAAUGACCUGGAGAGCAUCGACUCACCACCUAGCAGAUCUCCAAGUCCUCCAAAAGCUAAGAUCGGUGCUGCGAUUACACCUGGGAGUAAAUUAGGAGUUAAGAGGGGUAUCAAGGAUCUGCCGAUGCCUCCGGGGAUGAUCCCCGGGUCUGAUGAGUUCUCUGGAGAAGAGGACACCAAUGCCACUCCACCCAGGGGCAAACUAGACAGAAUUACACCAAAACCAAAGCUCAAGAGACCCAAAAUCCUGAAGAGGAGGAGCUCUAGAAAUUGCCACAUGCCAAUGUCUGCCAGUGGUGGCAAGGAUUGGGGCGAGAGGUGUGUCGAUGUUUUUGAAGUUAUUGCACAGAUUGGUGAGGGCACUUAUGGACAGGUGUACAAGGCCCAGGAUAAACGAGCCGCUGUUCUCGUUGCUCUCAAGAAAGUCAGACUUGAGAAUGAGAAAGAGGGAUUUCCCAUCACAGCUGUUCGGGAGAUCAAGAUCCUCAGGCAGCUCAAUCACAAGAAUAUUGUCAAUCUCAGGGAAAUUGUUACUGAUAAACAGGAUGCCAAGGACUUCAGGAAGGACAAGGGGAGCUUUUAUCUUGUAUUUGAGUACAUGGAUCAUGAUCUCAUGGGCUUACUAGAGUCGGGAAUGGUCGACUUCAAUGAGAUGAAUAAUGCUAGUAUCAUGAAGCAGCUGUUGGAUGGUCUCAAUUAUUGUCAUGGCAAGAAUUUUCUUCAUAGAGACAUCAAGUGCUCCAAUAUUCUUAUGAAUAACAGGGGAGAGGUGAAACUCGCGGAUUUUGGAUUGGCCAGGUUGUACAAUGCUGAGGACAGACAGAGGCCGUAUACCAAUAAAGUUAUAACCCUGUGGUAUCGUCCACCAGAGUUGUUGCUCGGGGAGGAGAGGUAUGGCCCAGCAAUUGAUGUCUGGAGUUGUGGAUGCAUCCUGGGAGAAUUAUUCUGGAAGAAACCCCUGUUUCCGGGUAAUGCAGAGAUGCAGCAACUGGAGAUGAUCUCUCGUGUUUGUGGCACCCCGACACCAGCAGUCUGGCCAUCUGUGAUAAAACUCCCCCUUUUCCACCUGCUGAAAGCCAAGAAAACCCACAGACGGAGAUUACGCGAGGAUUUCUCAUUCAUGCCAGCACUAGCUCUAGAUCUCCUUGAUAAAAUGCUGGAGCUUGAUCCUGAUAAGAGAAUAACAGCUUCUGAGGCCCUGAAGAGUGCGUGGCUGAGGAACGUUCAGCCAGAGUUGAUGCCAGCGCCUGAAUUACCCACGUGGCAAGACUGUCACGAGCUGUGGAGUAAAAAACGACGAAAACAGAUGAGAGAACAGGCGGAGACAGCGGCCACUGGGAGAGACGUUGGAGGAUCAUCGAAGAGAUUGAAAAUGGAGGCGGGGUACAGCUCUCAUGCCAAUUUUGGGAGCAAUGAUGGAAUCCUCGAGGGGAAUACCUACAGUGUGUCACCAGGUGGUUAUUACUACAGUCCUAUUAAAUCGAGGAUUAAUCAGAGGGGCGAGGGUGAUGUCCAGGGGAUGGACGUUAAUACUGAGGAUAGCCUCGCCAGGAAAUUGAGUCAUCUCACUGGUGCACUCAGUCAAGGAAAACCCAUCCGAGUGGACGAUCUCAUGUCCCUUCGGUUGGAUAAUGAGAGUGAUCCGAAAGCUGUACAACUCCUAGAGGAGCUGCACACCGAAUUACGAUUGGCAGCGAAUUCAAGGGCAACUGGACAACUUGAGGCUCAUUUGCCAGUACUCAAUCCUCCCCCACCUGAUGCAUCCAGUGUAAAAACAAUUUUUGACGCCCACGCGGUGUACGCUGGAGAUGAUGCUGUUAGCUGCGGUGGAAGAUGGUCUCAAUUGGCAACAGCUGGUGUAAAAACUGCGCUGUCUGCUUUAAUGUCAAGAUAUGGAUUGGAAACUUACGGUACACCGAUAACGAAUCCGUCAGGUAAAUCAUUCGCUGGAACAUCACAGGCCAUCUUUCCAGCGCCCUCGUCAUCCACACAGUCUGCGUUUGGCUCGUAGUCCAGUGUCAUCCCCUGUCACCCUCAUUACCGUGUAAUUUAUUGUAACAAUCAAAAAUUAACAAAUGAGUCAUUAAGAAAAGGGGAGACACGAGUUUUAAAUUCUCUGGUUCAUUGAGGAUUUAUCUUCCCCUCCAUUCCACAGGCCCAAAAUAUAAUAAUCAGCAAUAAAAACCGAUAAUCAUUAACGAUUUAAUUAAUUAAUAACGUAAUGAGGUGAGAUAAGAGAUGAGUCGAUUUUACUUGAUUAUUUAUUCGGUAUUUAUCUCGAAAAGUAUCGCUCUGGGAGAGAAAUGGUAGAGGACUUUUUUAUGGAUAAAUUAAUCAGCUUGAAAAAAGUCCUCUAGUGUUUUUUCGUGAUGUCAACAGUUUUCGGGUUAAUCGAUGAAUAAGGAAGAUUUCAAUCUCGAGUUUUGACAUUUUAAUUAGUAAUUGAAGAUUAAAUCAGUUUUUUGAGCUAAUUAUUUAUUUUUUGCGUCCCUGGAAUACAACAUAAUCCUGCAGCUCAUCAAUUAAUGACCCGUGAUAUUUAAAAAUAAUUUUCUCCCCGUAAUCAAUUAACAUGAACAAAGAAUAACUGUUUGUAUAUUAAAUUCAAUAUUUUCAUCGUAAAUCUAGGAUUCGGAUUUAUUCCCAAUAAAUCCACGAGGCAAUAAAUUAUUACCAGUCAUCUUCGUUGAACAAUUGGUUCAACAUUCUCACAAGGUUCUUCGGUUUUCUUAAUUUAUUUAUUUGUUGGGGCUAUCGGGGACUGAAUAAUUACAAGUCAGUGACUAAAAGCGAAAGAGUUCAGAUCAACGCCCCGUUAUCAGUGAAUAUCUCGGAAUCAGUGAGAGAUAUCGAAUUUUCCUAGAAGAAAAUUUUGUAGAGGACAACGAGAUCUACAAAAAAUGUCUCUGCAUAAUUCCCCGAUUUUUCGUAGAUCUCGAGAUAUUCAACAGGGAAUUGACGUGAACUUCUGUUCAAUUUCUGGUGAAUGUUUCCUUUCUUUUUCUACUGUAAAGAGUUUAUAUGUUUUUCUUUUUUAUUAUUGCAAAACAAUAGUCGAUGAAACAUGUAAAUAUUAUGAAGGAUCAAUAAUAAAGACUUGGAUAAUUAA